UCGGACUUCAAAUAGAAAAGCAUUCCGGCCAAUCACAUAAUAAGCGUCUGGACGUGAGGGCAGGGACUCAAGACCCGGAAACUGCUCCUAAUGUAAACAGACACAUGUAGGUGAGAGAUCUGGGGCAGGAGGAGAAGGGGUCACGGAACAACCGGCCCCGGUGGGAGAAGAAGGGCCGCAGGGAACCUGGGAUGGAGGUUAGUCAAGUCUCCCGUUGGUAAGGGCUUGCCUAUCCCAAGCAGCACCAAUGGACCUCGUUGCCGGUGAUACGGCAAGGACUGACAGAGAGCGGAGGUUUGACCAGUCAGAUUCUGCCCUGAGCGGCGACAGCUUCCAAGUUCCCAAGAACGGCCGCACAAAGGGCCUACUAACUCCUAGUGCUCUUCCAGCAUCCACCCAUCGCAGUGCUGAUGAAGACCCUCUCUGCAGAAAGCGUCUGAGGACCUCAAAUGCAUCCAUGUGCUGCCCUGUACUUGCUCAGCGUCUGUCCGCACCUCAACAUGAGGCUGUACGAUCUGGUGAAUGUACUGCAGGGGCCACAAUUAGAGUAAAAGACCAAGGAGUACUUUCAAGUCAAGCAGCACAGGGAGAUCACUGCUGGGCUACACGCUCAGGGAGCCGGGUUACAGCACUGUAUGCAGAGCUAGUAAGAGAGCUCGAGACACAAGUAGCAGAGCUCCAUGAAAUAUUAGCAUCUCGCGAUGAGACGGCUGCUGUAAGAGAGUGGAGGAUCCAGGAGCUGGAAGCUGAGAACCAAGAACUAAAGAGACAAAUCCAAUGUCUAGAAGAACAGAAUGAUGAACUGUCCCACGGGCACCAGGAUGCUCCAAGGGACGGGGAUCGACUUGUUGGGCCUGAAAGCCAUUGUGUUGCUGUCAAUGAUAGUAAUAUAUCUUUCCUGAAGAACUUGACCGGCUUUCUGGAGACAAACUCUAGCCCACCGAUGUCUGCAUCACUGACCUCCUCCUCUCCCAUUCCACCAACUGAUCCUAAAUUCACCAGACCAGAGGUUCCAAUCUCUCCAGUUAUCCCACAGGCAGUAGAGCCAGGACCACCAACUAUUACACCAGCAGAGGUUUCCGACUCCCCCAAUGAAGGGAUGCUCAGAGUCAGUGGGGUAACCAGCGGCUUCCAGUACUGGAUGAAAAUGGAUGAGAGUGGUGAAAACACUCUCCCAGAAUCCUGUGUGCUGUGGGAUGAACCUCUACAAGAGACACUGCCAGAUGGUAGUCCUGCCUGGGCUUCCCCUGUUGAGGGUAAUGGUCGACCCAAACUGGAGUUGGUACCAUCAUCUGGCGUGUAUAUUACCUACCAGCAGGUAGAGGAUCUCUCUCAUAUCCCCCCAGACAAGCCUAAACUCAUGACCCGGAGACUUCUAGAUUACUUCUUCUCCCGGGAGACACUAGCUCGAUCAUCAGCAACAGGGCAGCGCAUAGCUCACAAUAAUACCACAAUGGAAAAACCGCUACGACUGCCCGAUAAAGUGGUCACUGCCAUCAAAGCAUAUGUUACAAGGGCCUGUGGACGCGGUUGUAACUUUAACGCUGUGAUAAACAGUAAGUGUGGGACGUCCCGCCGAGCAGUAAAAAAGAUGUCCAUUCGGAUUGACUGGACGGAAGGAGGAGCAAAGCACUGCCCACGGACACCUUCUGGCUUACUUGCUCAAAAGGGUCACAGCCAACCAGAAAAGACACAAGUCCCUGCAAUAAGGGGAACUGAACCACUGCUGCCACAGUCUGUGCCACAGAAUAGCUGAGCACUGGCAGAACCUCUAACAGACUGUUGCAGCUAUUGCCCAUACACUUGCCAAUGUGAUUCUAGGUCAGGCAGCCGUGCAGAGUCGGAGGAAAAUGUUUUUCACACUGUGGUACAUGGACAGAUCUGAAAACUCCAUAUCGGUGCAGCUGCAAUAAAUGGAAAAAAAAAGGUGCUGGGUACUCAGCUACCCCUGAGUGUAUAGAUAAGCGUGACAUUUAAUGCCUCCUGUAAAUAUGAAACAAUAAAAGUAUUUUUUUUUUACA